UUGAUCAAGAUUAAUCCUCUCUCUCCUAUUUUGUCAACGAGGUAGGUUGUCAAAUAAAUACAAGCUUGUUAAGCUUUUAGGGAGGUCGAGAUUUCUGCCAUGGAUGGUGAUUCAACUUCAAACUACUCAAUACCUCUGUUAACAAACAAAAAUGAGAAUUCUGAUCAAGAAUCCUUCUGUCGAAAAGUUUGGGAAGAAAACAAGAUCAUAUGGUACAUAGCAGGACCAUCCAUUUUGAGUGCAAUAUUAAAAUUCUCUCUUGCUUUCACCACUCAAAUAUGGGUUGGUCAUGUUGGUACCCUUGAACUUGCUGCUUUUGGUCUCCAAAACUUGGUCAUUGCUGGUCUCACCUAUGGCAUCAUGUUGGGAAUGGGAAGUGCGUUACAAACACUAUGCGGACAAGCAUAUGGAGCAGGAAAACUAACACUGCUAGGGAUAUACUUGCAAAGAUCAUGGGUGAUUCUGCUUGGAACUGCAUUACCAUUAACACUAAUCUCGGUGUUUGCAACAAAAAUUCUUUUACUUUUUGGCCAAAAAAUAGAGAUUGCAGAAUUAGCUGGUACAUAUUCUAUAUGGAUGAUACCACAAUUAUACAUGUACGCUUUGAAUUCUCCUAUGCAAAGAUUUUUACAAGCCCAGAGAAAAGUAGUACCAUUAGCUUGGAUAUCAUUUGGAGUUUUAGUUAUUCAUGUUCCGUUAAGUUGGUUUUGUGUUAUGAGAUGGGGUUUAGUUGGAGCGGCAGCUUCGUUGAAUUUUUCAUGGGUCUUGGUUGUCAUUCUUCAAUUUUCUUAUAUCGUCUCCGGAAACUGCAAGGAUACUUGGAGUGGUUUUUCAUGGUUGGCUUUUACUGAAUUGCUCGAUUUUCUCUGGUUAUCUCUGGCUUCAGCUGUCAUGCUCUGCUUGGAGUAUUGGACACUUAUGGUUUUGCUUGUGUUUGCCGGAGUACUUAAAAAUGCUGAAGUUAAAGUUGAUGCAGCUGCUAUCUGUUUGAAUGUCGAAGGAUGGCUAUUUAUGGUACCACUUGGUUACAUGGCUGCUGUCGGUGUAAGGGUCUCGAACGAAUUGGGAGCAGGAAAUGCUGCAGCUGCAAGAUUCUCUGUUUGGGUUACGGUCUCAAUUGCUCUAGUAACACAAACAGUUUUUGCUACCCUAAUUUUGAUAACAAGAUAUGACUUCCCAAAACUCUUUACAGACGACAAGAUUGUUAUGAAAGAAGUCAGUGCAUUAGCCGUGUAUUUAUGUAUCUCAAUCUUACUAUGUGCCAUCCUACCCGUUUUAUCAGGUAUGACCAUUGGAGCUGGUUGGCAAGCUGUUGUAGCCUACGUAAAUUCCGUAACCUAUUAUCUCAUUGGGUUGCCCAUCGGCGUCUUCAUGGGAUUCAAAUUAGAUUGGGGUCUAGAGGGACUUUGGGUUGGAACACAAAUUGGGAUGGGCCUUCAGACAAUUGGUCUCUUAAUUAUGUUUUGGCGUGCAGACUGGGACAAAGAAGUGCAAUUAUCUGAAGUCCGAGUUUCCGAGGAUGUGGGUUUAGGCGAGGAACAAAAGUUGAUUAAACUUUGAGAUUAUUUUAAUUCUCAUUCUUUAAUGAAAAAGAUCAAACUUUUAAUGAUCCAAAAUGAAAAAUAAAAAACCUUGUUUGGGAUUUCUGAACAACCUUGCGUUAAAUUGCUAAAAUCUCACACCUGGUUCAAUAGAUUCAUAGACAUAUAUGAACAACAAACUAGUUAAUUUGGUAGGGAGGGAUCAUCUUAAGUAGAACGAAAUUGAACAGCAGGCAUAUACGAACACAUGAUUCAGACAGUAUAGGAUUAUA